CUCGGCGGCGCCAACAAGCGGCAUGGGCUGGGCGUUGAAGACGCUGACCCUCGUUGCCGUCGUCGCGAUCGCGUCCGCCACUGGCGACGCCGUCCCGGGUAAAGAAUCCAUCUGCGGCACGGAUCACGCCCGGCCUGCCGUCGCCGUCAAGUACGUGGAGGCUACCAAGUACAAGCUAGCCAAGUCCGUCGCCCGACUGCGUCUUCGUGCAGGGUGGUGCACGGCGUGGCUGUGGGGCUCGGAAGGCCACUUGAUCACCAACAACCACUGCAUUAGGUCGCAGGACGAUGCAUCGGCUGCGAUCGUGGAAUUUGGUGCCGAAUGCGCGACUGCUACGAACCCGAACAACGGCAUGAGGGCCGCGUGCGGCGGCACGUUCGUCGCGAACAGUUCGACGUUGAUCAUCUCGGACACGUCGCUCGACUUCUCCUUGGUCCAGUUGCAUGUGAACCGUGGCAUCAACCUCACCAAGUUCGGGUACUUGCAGGCGCGUGCGUCGGCGGCCACGUUGAACGAACCCGUCUACACCAUCGGUCACCCUGACGGCCGCCCCAAGAGCAUUGCGUAUUUGAGCGAUGGCGGCAGGCCGUCCCGCAUCACAAACGUGUCGACCCCGUCCGAGUGCGGCGGAAGUGACACACUGGCGUACAACGUCGAUACGGAAGGCGGGUCGUCUGGCUCUGCCAUCAUCAGCGCCAUCGACAACAAAGUCGUGGCCUUGCACAACUGCGGCGGGUGCACCUCGACCGGCGGCGCCAACACUGGCCAUAAGCUCGAGUACAUUAUCAAGCUGUUGAAGUCCAAGAAUUUGCUGCCCAAGGACGCGAUCGCGGCCCGCUGCUAAACGUAGUUCUAGCCAUCUUGUCGAGACCGUGAAAAUAGCACAUGAACUUGUCGCCA